AUGGCCCUCGAUACAAAUGCCAUCGACUCCUCGACUGUCCCGCCAACAAGACACCGGUCUAUACUGUCGAAACUGACCAGCCGCUUUGGAAACCGCAAUCGCAACAUCUCGGAGUUCUACGUGCAGCCAGAUGACCCGUGGAAGUCGUACCACCCUGGGGAGAUCGUCAAGGGCGCGGUAGUGUUGACCGUUGUGAAGCCUGUCCGGAUAACGCAUCUGGUUGUCUGUCUACAUGGUUACGCGAAGGUCUUCAAGAACACGGUCGGCCCUGGUGACCAUGCAGAGGAGUCGGGCUACCUGGGGCCGGGACGCGGGCGCAGAGACGGCGAAUAUCUGGGCAACGGCUUUACCUCGCUGUUCGAGGACGAGGUAGUCUUGUGCGGCGAUGGAAGGCUGAAGGAGGGCAUCUAUAAGUUUCGGUUCGAGCUCUGCUUCCCUCCAUAUUCGUUGCCCAGCAGUAUCAACUUCGAGCGCGGGACGAUAUCGUAUAUGAUCACAUCAACUCUCACAAGACCGACGACCAUCACCCCUUCAAUGUCCUGCGAUAAGCGACUUAUCCUCAUCGAGAGAAUCGACAUUGCUCCCCUCCCGGCUCCCAAAGCUCGUGUUAUCACUCUUGAACCCAUAUCCGCAAGGUCGAAGUCCAAACCAAGAAAGAAAUCUACUUCUGGUGAGCGAGGGUUCAACGGUGCUGCAGGCCCGGCAUCUCUUGAGCCAUCGUCUUCGCAAACGUCCGAGCAGAAGCCCCCGUUGAGUCCCGUACCGAGUGAACAGAGCACUUCGAGCUACCUCAGCAAUAGCACACAGAGCUUCCAGGUUAUCAGCGAGUCAAAUACCGCCAGAGAUUCAGAUACCAUAACAGCCACGACCAAGCUUCUUCGCGGCGGAGGCUUGCCGGGCGAUGUUCUUCCACUCAGAAUUAUGAUCAAUCAUACCAAACCAAUUCGAAGCCCUCAUGGAAUCAUUGUCACGCUGUAUCGUCAGGGAAGGAUUGACAUGUACCCGGCUAUUCCCAUCGGUACUCCAGCCAAGGGUAAAAGGCCGGUUUACGAAGACUACUAUCCUAAAUCACGAACAGGGUUGGGAGGUCUCUCCUUUGGUGCGACUAGAACUUGCAGUGUCUUUCGAAAGGACAUGUCGCAGAUAUUCUGUCCGCUGAUAGUAGAUCCCAACACCAUGACCGCAGAUAUAAAGACAUCAAUUCGAAUUCCUGAGGACUGCUUUCCUACGAUAACGCGCGUCCCCGGCGCAAUGAUCAGUUUUCGCUACUAUGUUGAAGUGGUUAUGGAUAUACGAGGAAAGCUGGCUGGCCAGGACCGCUUCCUCCCACGGUUAAAUAUAAUGAACUCAUCCUCCAAUAGUUACAAUUAUUGCGCUGCCCCCCGUGGGUUUAACACCGUGGAGACAUCGAGAGGAGGGACGUCUACUACUUCCAGCUGUACGGGGAACAUACUGGACACCGACCAAGUGCGAAGGGACAAGAGUGUCAUUGUCUGCGUCUUCGAGGUUGUUGUUGGGUCAAAGGAUAGCGGUAGAGGCCAGCAGCAGCAGACGUCCAGCGAUGGAAGUGUUCGUCAAGACUACCCAGCUUCAAAUAUCGAUCAACAUACUCAACCGACUACCCCGGAAACCGUUCGUGAGCAACAGCAGCAAUCUCAGGCACCACAGAUUCACUCUGCAGACAGGUCUCGAGGCAACCGGAGUUUGGAUAAUGGUUAUAGCGCUGGAUCUGAAGACCGAGAGCCAUGGCAUGCCCGGCCUCCGGACCAGUACGUUAUAGACCCUCCGCUGGCUCAACUGGAAGAGGACAUUGAUGAGAAAACGCGGCUACGCCGAGCGGAGGCAAUGCUCCUACCCAGUGCGCCACCAGCAUCUGAUGAAGCUGGCCCGUCGAACUCUACACUUGCUCUGGCUUCAGCACCGGCCCUCUCAGAGCACCGCGACCUCUCGUAUUUCGAGACCCCUACUCCUACCUACUCUGCCUCUGCUUAUAUGCACUCUCACCCUCCUUCCGCCCCUUCACCCGAUACAAUCACCCCUUACUCUGCCCACGAAUCAUCUCCCGCCCUUCAACAUCCUGGCGCGUAUCUUCUGCCUGAGAGCGCUGCUGAAAGCUCGUCCCAUCCCAACUACCACCAGCCCCACUCAACUUCCCUCCCUUCAGACGACAAGCAAGAGCUAGAAAAGCAACGACUCCUCAACGAGAGAAGCGCUCCGCCGGGCUCGGACGCACCAGAGUCAGCCACCGGUGGGCCCAGCCAGGCCACCGCUCCGGCUUCUGAAAACGGCGAUAUCCGCCAUCAACCCCUACCCUCUGCCCCUGUCCUUACAGAAGACGACAUCAUAGGACAACCAAUAGCGACAGGGGAAUCCCUUCCCAGAUACCAACGAUAG